AUGUUUUCUCAAUCUCUUGUUGGCUGGACAGAAAUGGAGAGUGUUGAAGUCACCGCUGCAAGUGGGAGCUCCGGGAGAGCUGGGAUCAUUGUAUGGACCAAUUCGAUGACGAAAACCAUGCUUGGUUUUUUGGCUGGUCUUGUUGCUGAUGGGAAGAGAACUUCAAGUGGAUUCAGGGAUGUGCAUCAUAGACAAUGUGCUGCUGUUUUGAACGAGCAAUUCAAGCUUUCUGUCAUCGGAGAUCAAGUCAAAAACCAUCUCAAGAAGUGGAGGAAGAUAUGGGGAAGGGUAGCCAACUUGAAGAAUUUAAGUGGAGCUCUAUGGGAUGAAGACACUUGCACAAUUAGGCUCAGCGAGGAGCACUAUGCAGGGCAUUGUAUGACCCACAAAGCUGAUGCCCCCUUCUUGAAUACACCAAUUGAACACUAUCAUGCCAUGGCUUCCAUUUAUGGGACAAUGGGGGCCAAGGGGCAGAAUGCUAGGUCUGGCAACGAUCUUCUUUCUAUUGAUCUCGAAGACGAGGAGAAUGGUGAGGUGAACACGUCACCAAAUGUUGGUGAGUCUUGUGACCCCAAAGCACCACCCAAAAAGAAGGCUAAGAUAAAGCACGUUGUUGAGGAUCCACUAGUUAUCACUCUCAAAGAUGGGUUCAAACUUGUGGCUGAAGCGCUUGUGAAGUCUAGUAGAGAUGAUGAUGACAUACCCGAUGACCUUUGGGAUGUAAUAUCAACACUGCUAGAUUUUCAAGAAGAGCACCUAGCCCACUACUAUGCUCAUCUUGUGGACAACCCCAAGACUGCAAGAGCCUUCAUGAAACUUACCCAAAUCAACAAGUCUGUUUGGGUGAGUAGGUAUGUCAAGAAGAACUUCUAA